GUCCGUUUUAUUAAUACCUUUUCAGAAAGUCAAACAUAUCUCCGCCGUCCGAUCAUCUCCACAUCUUUUGACUUCACCAUCUUUAUAACCCCAGUCUCCAUCCCCAAUCUUCUUCACUCUCAUCUUCCAGAGUCUGAUCUACAAACCCUAACCUCUUUCUGCUAUAACAAUGGCGGUUGAUUUUGUAGGAAUUCAGACCGUUGAACACCUCAAUCGCAUCUUCCAGUUGAACAACCACGAGUUCUCCGUUUCCUCCGAUUUCAAGCAAGCUGUUUCCGCUUUAAAACGCAGCGGUCACGCUCGCUUCCGCCGUGGACCACCGGUUUCGUCGAAUAAUCCGCAAACACCUUCCGUUUCGUCCAGAUCCGAAGAGAAACUGUUGGAUAAUCCGCGAGUACCUUCCGUUUCUUCGAGAUCUGAACAGAAACUGCCGGUAGAAUCAACUGCUGCGGUGGUUAAGGACGGUUUGUUGAAGAAAUUUGUUACGGAUGCAACGGCGUCGUUUCAAUCGCCGACGUCUUCUUCGUUCGCGUCUUCGUUUGCUGGAGGAAGUGUUGAAGGAAGCGUUUCGAACGGUAGGCAGGUUUCUUCGUUAGGUAUAGUAGCUCCGGCACCGUCGUUCUCGUCGAGGAAACCGCCGCUUCCGUUAAAUCAUCGGAAAAGGCAUAGCACUGAGAUGACGUCAGCUUCCUUACACGGAUCUGGAAGAGAGAAUGUUUCCGGCACCGGUUGUCACUGUUGCAAGAGAAGGAAAACCGGAUCAAAACGGAAAAUAAGAAGAAUUCCGAUAAUCGGAUCAAAAGUAGAAAGUAUACCGGCAGACGAUUACUCAUGGAAGAAAUACGGCGAGAAGAAGGUCACCGGAUCACCUUUUCCACGAGUAUACUACAAGUGCAACUCCGGUGAAGGAUGUCCGGCGAGAAAGCGUGUAGAGUUAUCGUUAACAGAUUCAAAGAUGCUUAUUGUAACAUACGACAGAGAACACCGUCACUAAAGGCUCCGGUGACUGUCGCUAUUGACAACUUUGUGAUAAAUUGUUUGAGAUGUGAAAUAUUGAGGGUGUGAUGUGUAGUUAGGGAAAGUAGAAGGGGGUAAAGUGUAAAGAAAAGGGAGAAGAAGGUCCAGAUCUAAAAAGAUUCGAUUUUGUUGAGAGUUUUUAGUUUCUUCUUUUUUUAUUGGAUUAUAUUCUCCGAAAAUAAAUAUAAAAAGAAAAAGGUGUUUGUUGGGAUGACAAAAGUCAAUGGAUUUAGGUUGCUUUA